UGAGUCAACCUUGAGCCGGUGAGUUUUGAACUGCUGACCUGCUGAAUGCAGUCAGCUAAAGUGGCCUGCAGUACUGCACUCUUAACUGCUGUGCCACCUCGGCUCACCUUGUGAGGUUGGACAGGGAAAGAGUUACUGGCCAACCUAACUCAAUUAAGUUUCUAAUGGUUGAGAAUAAUUUGAAUUUGCGGAUCUGUGCCCCUUAUAUGCCUCCUUCAUAGACUGGCCUUGGCUCUAGAUACAUCUAUGCACUCCAAUUACGCAAUGGUUGGAAAUGUAUCAAUAGGUCCUAUUUCAAUAUGUUGGAUGGGCAAUGUAUGUAAUUAUUUUUGUACAUCAACAAAAUGAAAAGAAUCAGCUAUUCCAGACGUGUCAUCGUGAGCUACUAUAAACAAACGUUGUAUUUAGUUGUACAGUAAAAAGGUAAAAAAAAGCCAGUCACGUCCGACUCUAGGGCAUGGUGCCCAUCUCCAUUUCUUGGCCAGUGUUGCCCAAAGAUGUAGCCAACAUGGCUGUACAUCAAAGGCACACAAUGCUGGAAUCCUUCCCACCAAAGCGAUACCUAUUUAUCUACUUGCAUUUGCAUGCUUUCUAAUUGUUAGGUGGUCAGGAGUUGGCCAAGUAACACCUCAUUGGGCAAAGCUCAGGUCUCAAUCCUGGCUUGUCAGCUCUCCAGCUGUAUAAAAAUCUACCCCAUGCAGAGUAUCUGUUCCAAUUUGAACUGUGACUUUCAGAAAAUUGAUCUUCUGAAUUGUUUCAGAUUGAUCUGAUCUAGAUUUCUGAAUUUCUAUGGUCCCAAGAAAAUACCUGCCUUGCCUACGCAGUGAACUACUUCCAAAUUUGAGUUAAUCAUUGCUCAUUCAACUAUCGUAAGCAACAAACCAGUGUGUUUGUUUUAAAACAUUUCUUCCUGGUCUUUAUGACACUCCAAAGGUAACUGCCUCUGCUGUGAUCUAGCACAUAAUGUGAGAUGCUUCUAAAGUGCCUAUAUUGCUGAAGGAAGAGAUACUUAAUUUCAAAAUAUUUGAAUUCUGGCUGUUAAUAGUACCUGAAAUAAUCUGCAAUUCAUUGAAGGAUCAGCUAACCUAUAAGAAGUUUGGAUAAUAUAUUGCCCCAUGGUGCCGUAGAUACUUUCUGGUAUGAUAUUAUGAUUAUUAUUAUUCUAUUGCUUUGCAUGUGCAUUGAGAGCUUCUGCACCAGAGACAAAUUCCUUGUGUGUCUAAUCCUACUUGGCCAAAUAAAGCCUGUUCUGUUCUGCUUUGUUCUACUCUCUUCUGUUCUACUCUGCUCCGCUCCACUCCACUCCACUCUGUUCUACUGUGGUUAAUAGCACUCUGGUCAGUUUACAAUGUAAGCAUUAUUUGUGUAUUUUACCAACCUCAGAAGAAUGAAAGGCUGAGUCAACCUUAAACCCUGUUGAUACAUAUUAUCUCAGUAUCUGCAUGAAAAAAAGCCAAUAAAAUAUGCCUAAUUUGUACAUUUUUCACUUAUUCAGAUGUGUGAAUGACCUUUUCAGAAUGAAAUUUCCGCUGACUCAGAUUUUGAUCCUUGUCUUCUUAGUAUUGCUGUCCUUUCCAACAGCUGAAGGGCUGAUAUGUCAUCAGUGUUACUCAGUUAAAAGGGACAAUAAAUGUCGCAGACCAUCCACCUGCAAAGUGUCUACAAAACAGUUUUGCUUCAUUCAAAGAAACUCAAAAGGAGGACACAUUCAGAGAAUAAGUCAAGGCUGUACCUCUUACUGCCUAGAUACUAUUCAGUUCAGCAAUGCUUAUAUAAGAUAUACCUUUUGCUGCAAGACAGAUUACUGUAACAAAUAUAAUGUUUGGCAGUUUCUUUAACUUCAGUCUUGGCAGCCAUUCUGCUGCUGACAACUGAUAUGCAUCUUCCAAACAUUGACACAAAUAUAUAUACAAAUAUGGGUGGUGGAUGGAGACUUCCUAUUUCUUUAUAUGGGUUGAAGAACCCACUGGGAUGCGGCUUUACAGUAUAACAUUCCAGUAAGCUUUUCUGCUUUAGGGUUUUGUACAAAGGUCUACAGGUAGUUCUUGUUUAGUGACCACAACUGGGACUGGCUAUUUGGUUGUUAAGUAAAGUAGUUGUUAAGUGAACCUUAACUGUGCUUUCCAUCUGAUUUCAGUUUCUCUCUGUUUUACACACCCACCAAGGUCAUAGAAAAGAGGAUGUAUUUAUUUAUUUCAAUUUCUCUAGCCAUCCCCAUGUCAGUCAAUGACUCUGGGCGGCUUACAAUUCAAAAAAUAUGUUACAAUUAAAAGGCUAAAAACAAUUUAAAACAAUUAAAAAACAAUAAAAUUAUCCAAAAUUGGUAUACACAGCAGCAGAGAUACUUGAUUGGUUAGAAAUAAAGCCAGGAAACAGGGUUGUUGACACAUUCAACACUUUAGCCUCAGGGUGGAUUAGUUGCCAAGUUACUUCUUCAUCACUAACUGUGAAUAGUUGUUAAAUGAGGCAGUCACUAAAUGAGGAUUACCUGUAUUCACCAGAUCUAGAAUUAAGGGAAUGAGGGGAAAGGGGGAGGGAGAUGUAAUUUUCAGACAAAGUUAUACAAUAACCUUGGCAAAAUGUUAAAACUUUGCUGCUUUUGUUAAUAUCUCUCCUUUUGGGAGGUAGAUGAAGAAUUUUGACAGCCAAAGUGUCUUAUCUACCCAACAGCUACACAGAACUAUCACCAAAUCAUUCCAUGUUACAUCAGGACUGAUAUUUUCCUCCCUGUAAAAACUCUGAGGUAAAAAGUCAAAGAUGGUUUGGACCAGCAAUGGCAGAUUCUCCUCUAUGGCAUUUGUGGACAAGAAGAAGACAUUUUCAGGACAGGCUGUAUGUUGCUUUUACUUCUCUUGAAGAUCACCAAAACGAUACAGAUGUUUGUUGCACCUUAAAAAUCAAUUAUAUUUUGAAGGUAUAAGCCAGGGGUCUUCAAACUUGUGGACUUCAAUUUCCAGAAUUCCUCAGCCAGCCAUGAGUCAUAAAAGAGUCAUAAAAGAGCCAAGGUUGCCUACCCCUGACCUAAGUUAAUGACUGUUGGGUUAUAUUUGUUAUUAAAUUUUGCCUCCCAUUUUGCCACAAGGUGACUCUCAUUAUUUCCCAAUAAAACUGGUUUGGUAAAAAUACCAAAUCUUUUGAGUCUCUGUGUUGAUGUUAUUAUAUCUCCCUAGACCUCCGGAUUUAGAGUCAGCACUUCCUACUGACGGGUACCACAGUGUGUGCCUAUCACAACGUACCCAAAGUGGGAGAAUAAAAGAAGAAAACAGGCAAACUUUGGUCCUUCUAGUUCUAAUCAUUCAAAUCAUUAUGACCUUUCUGAGAUCUUUGUUUGCUGUAUUAGGAUUUUAUUGGAGAUUGACUCCGGAAGUUGCUAAAUGGGAAAAUCAGGUGAGGUAGCCAUGCAUCUGCCCUUGACUUGCAGAAUGUAUGAUAAUUUGCCAUUACCUGCACCAACUACAAAUCAGUCACCAGGUAAGUUGAAGAUCCCCCAAAUCACUGUGGCUCCCCCCAAAUCAUUGCAGCUUCUUUUGCCAUCCCAUUACAUUGUAGUCUGACGUUAUUACUACUAUUAUUUUCAGUUCACUGAAGUCACUGCUGUCUUGAAUGCAAGCAAAACCAAAGGAUGAUGAAUAGACAAGUGAAUUAUGCAUUCUGCAUGCUUUUCAUCAUAUCCACUGCAAAUGCCUUCUGGUGUUUCGAAUGUUCCAGGUCAACAUAUUUUAAGAAAUGUACUGGGCAAUAUGAAUUCUGUUGGGCUGGUGAAGGUACUGGGUGUUACAUCUACAACAUCUAUUAUGGAAAUGGCUUGCUCGCUUCUGAAGCUGGCUGCAUCAAAAACUGUGCCACUCAACAAUAUCCGAAACCUAGUGCUGGGUCUGAAAGGAUUUGUUGUUACACGGAUUAUUGCAACAUUUAGUUUUAUGGCUGGAAUCUUGAGGGAAAAAAGGACUGAGUAGCCUUGAACAACAGAAGCUGUAGUUUUAAGAUAUUCUGAACACUAAAAACUGUCAAUGGUACUUUGAAUAAUAAAUAAUUCCUUCUUCUCUCAUUUGUGUUUUGCUAGUAGUAAUGAAGUACUGUAUGUCUAGUCCAAUAAAAAAAGGACUAGGGGUAACAUGACAUCCGUCUUCCAAUAUUUGAGGGGCUAUUGCAGAGAAGAAGGAGCCAACUUAUUUUCUAAAGGACAAGAUGUAAAGGUGGAAGCUAAACAAGGAGAGAUCCCACCUAGAACAAAGGAGACAUUUCCUGACAGUGAGAAGAAUAAACUAGUGGGACUCUUUGCUUUCAGAAGUUGUCAUUAGGCACUUUCUGGAAUCUUCUUGUGCAGUAUUAGAACUUGACUAGAGAUUCAGAAGGAAAAGAACUGAAUACUGUAGAAAGGUAAGAUGAUACAGGAAUAAUAUGCAAUAUGUCAAUCAUUUUCCUUUCACGACGUGCAUGGUAUUGUUAGUGAGGCUGUCAAAGAUCAAUCCUUCAUCAAGUUUUGAGUUGAUUGUCUCAGGAAGUAUUGUCAGAAAGGUUAGCUAAACUUUUCUUGUGAUCUUGUUUCUUCUCUCAUUCACCUCACAAAAUUACAGAGUUCUUUAAAUGACCCAUCUAGGACACCUUGUGUUUUGAAAGAGCAACCACUGAUGAUGAAUACAUUUCUAAUCUAUGGGCCAUGGAUGGUCUUUCAUCUAUACUCAGCAAAUGCUAUUUGGUGUUUCCACUGUCUCAGGCCACUUUCAAAGGGGAUUUGCUCUCCGGAAAAUGAAUUAUGCUGGGCAGGAGAAGAAGCAGGUUGCUACACACUGAAACUCUACCUUUAGGAUCUUUCUUGAAGCAAUGGCCUUGGAAACCAGCUCUGCUACCAAUGAGAGUUUUUGCUCAGAAAAGCCUGUUUGUGUAAUCUGGGGAUGUCAGCUCAACAGGGAAAACCCAGUCUAUACAUUUGAAACUCCGGAAGAAUGGUCCUGUGAGCAGCAGUUAGCUCUAAGAACAAUCUGCCUUGGGGAAAACGCCAAGGAUGAAUUCAAUGUUGUAGAGAUCUUGCCGCCAAAGAGUAGCACUAAUUCUACUCCAGUGCGCAUUGCAACCUUGAAACUUUCUGUACUUCCGAUGGCUACUCUAGCAGGGCUUGAUUUGACUCCUCCCAUCACAUUUAGGCUAAAAUCAGGAUCUGGACCCAUAUACCUUGCUGGACAACAUGUAACAGUUGGCUUGCAAUGGAAUGGAGAUGAUCAGGAGAGAGAAUCGUCUUCUUCAUCACAGCAAAGUGCUGAGACGGAAAGCUCUUCCACGGAAGACUCACCUGUAAAACCUGUGAGACCCAGCAAGCGUGGGUCUUCCACCAAGAAGGAACAAGAGGUGCCUGUUCAGGAACCCAUUUCGAGAAAAAAAGCAAACAGAGGAAGGAAGCCUACUACCAAGGGAGAACUGCGGCUUUAAAUUCUUAUAGAAGGUGAAAUAGAUAUGGCUUCCUUGAAACCAUUUGAUAGAGAUAGAGACCCUUUUCAGAACCAAAGAGAUUCUCCAAAGAACGGGUUUCUUCCAGUAUUUUGUUUUCACAAGUCAUUCACUUAUUGGAUAUGGGCACUUCAUCCCUAAAGCAAAAACAGAUACCAUGAUACCUUGCUUUCAGACCUUUGCAUUUCUGUAAUUUAGAAGUUUUCUAACACAAAAUGAAUGGCUCUAAAAACAGUAGAUGCAGUGUGUGUAUGAUUUAGCAAUGCUCAAGCUCCAUUUUCAACAUCAAUAAGCCAUUAGAAAAUAAAAUAUGUAUCUUCCUCUACUUUUGCUUCUUCCAUUCAAUCUAAAUUUGGCCAGUCAGAUAAGUUGGCAAGAACUGAACGACAAAAUGGAAACAAUGCAAUGGAGAAGAAAGAAUGAUACAAACCAGUAGAGGUUUGGAAGAAGCACACAGAUCGAUGCAUGUGAAAAGGGAUGGAGAUAUGUCAUUAUGUUCUUGUAAGAGAAUUAAACAUUCACAUCAAUAUGGUUUGUGGCCUUUUUUUGAGGGGGGAGGAGCUCUGUGAAAGAUUAAUGUAAACAUUUUUAUGUGUUUGAGUGGAAAAAGUUAGACUUUCAGCCACAGCAGGAAUUAGGAUGAUAACAUAGGAGUAUGUUCUAGGGAUCCUAUGAACAUGAUUCGCCAUAUAUGAGUGAGAUGAGUUUCUUCCACACCAGGUAGACUGUAAAGGAAUAUUCCACCUCUUCCUGUUCAUCUUCUCCAUCCUGAUUAGGAGUCUGUCUUUGGUGAAGGGGAACACAGCAUAAAUAAUAAAAAGUGAAACCUUCAUAGCAUAUUUUAAAUGAUAAAAUCAGUCCCAGAAUGUCUGCAAACAUAAAUGUCCUUCUUGGAAAAGGAGUUUUUUAAGGUUUACCUUGGAGAAACCCAGGUGUCUUGACUUUGGUGGAAUAUGUAAAAAAGAUCAUAAGAACUCUGGUCAAAAUGAUUAUGGAUAUGUAUCAAAAUAGGUUGCAAGGAUGCUUCCAGGUAAUGCAAUUCCUAUGUGGCUUCUUGAAAAGGCAAUUGUGGUAUUUAAUGCCAACACUUAGGAGAGAAGUAAAAAUAAUACCAAAAUACAGGCUGUCCCAAGAUAGAUAUGACCCACAGGAACAAAAACACUACUUAUUAUUAAAUGCUUCUAAUAUCAGCCUAUGAUUGAGAACCACAGUUGAACAAUUAAAAUGGAUUCUUGUUAGUCUUUAUUCUGCAUUUAUAAUUCUAAUAAAAUUAUAUUUCAAAGAAUAUAAUCCUGCAAGAAUAAAUGGAUGUUUAAAUUUUAAAAUGGAACAGCAACCACAUUUUGAAGAAAGAUACCAAUGAAGGAGAAUAUUUGUAGCUCAAGGUUGAAAUGGCAGUCCAUGAAAUGGCAGUCUUUGAGUUUGGUUGUUUUCUUGCAGAUAUUUCCUUAUUCAAACUAAGUAACAUCAUCUGCACUGAUGCACUUAGUUGGGUAAUGAAAUGUCUGCAAGAAAACAGUCAAGCUCAGAGAGAACCAAGGACCCCUCAGAAGACAGAGAAUUUUUCUUAAAUAUGCUACUUUUUACCUCAGAUCGUUCAAAUGAUGUUAAUCGAGCAAUUUCAAGGCAUAUGUUUGGCCCAAGAUAGUCAUCAAUUGUUUUGAAAAUGGUUCAAGGGUAAUCAUAAGAUAGAAUUUUACCAAUAUGAAUACAACAUCUUUGAGCGAGUCUAAUUUCAAUGUAUUUUCCAGUUGAUUAAGAAAGUUUUCAUAAUGUCUUAAUCAAGCAUUCAGGUGUAGCAUACAAGGAGGCACAGAACAUACUGCACCAGGGCAUUGCUGAUUCUCGGUCAUAAGAUUUUUAUUGUAAUUUCGGAGUAUUUAUAACACCAUCUUCAAUGUCCAAAAAACUUACAUCCAUCUGUGACUUUGCUCAGAAAGUAUGUCUGUGUGAGUUGUAAUACUGACUUCAAUAACAGUUCAGGAUCAUCUUUAUCAAUAUCUAUCAAAGUUCCACCAAUUCUUCAACCUUAUUCAGAGCAACAAGUGCUGGAAGGAAAGAAAACAUGAGCAAGGUUUUGUGGUUCUCUAUUGCCAUCCUUCUCUGCUGUUCCUUGAGUGAGUAGCCAAACAAUAUUGAUGCAAAGAGUAUAUUUUGGGGGUCCUUUACUCAUUUCCUUCAUUUUGGUCAUUUAGUUGAACCGUAGACCAAGUGUCCCAUUGUUUGUCAGGGAAAAUAUAAUUUCUAAAGAAUGGUUUAUGUCCCAUAUUUUUAAUUGUCUGACAGUUGUAAUGUGACUUAACUGGUGGGAGGUUUCCACUCAAUUCUAUAGAUUAAAAAUGAGUAGAAAAAGUGGUGGAGAUCAACACUUUAAUUUAUGAUGAAUAAAAUCAGAAACGAAAGAACAAAAAAGCUUCAGAAAUAAAGUUGUGAGUCUAGAGUAAUCAAGCCCUGUUGGAAUCACCACAUAUUUUUUUUUUUUGGUGGAGACAUGCCCAUCAUGGCAAAAUACACAGUUCAAUAUUAUAGUUCCAUAAAGUAAAUCUGCUCAUGGGGAGCGAUUGUGUUUUUAAGUACACUGGGGUAAUCCGAUAUUUGCUACCCAGUUUAAAUAUCAGGGAAAUGAAUAUUCUUUAAUUCUGUAGCUAUAGAAAUUAAUUUUAUUGAUACAUCCUAAAUUUUGCUGCUUCUCUUUUCAACAGCUGAAGGUCUUACCUGUUAUAAAUGCAACAGAUUUAAGGUGGGAGUUGGCUGUAGGAGUGCACCUCAAACAACUUGUAUUGCUGAACCAGGUCAAAAGUGUAAAAUUAUAAACACUUUUUUAGGUAUGUAUG